GUCGAUGACAGUCCAGGGCAAUGUUCAAGUUGCCGCGGCUGCAGCAGGUGGAGAAUCGUUGAGUAGCGGCGACAGGGAACAGCCGUGGUCCUAGGACACAUUUCCAUGGCUGCUGCAGUCCGGUUAGGUGCCAUUACGCUCUGCUGCCGUAACGAGACAUGUUCUGGAUACCCACGCUGAGAUCUAGAACAUCUAAAAGGAUACGAAAGAGCUUGUCUGUCUACGGGAUGCAAUUAUUAGGCCGAUGUUGCCUAUGCUGGCUUCUGCUGUAGCCAAUGCAAUAUGAAUCUGCACCAUGGCCUCGGACUUCAACGACCUGCUUGAAGCGCUUGGCAGCGGCCCCGGAUGAAAUACAUCAACGUUGCACCUUAUUGGCGGCUCACAGAUUGAACCAUCAUUUAUUAAGGUGGCGUGUACUUGUUACGGAUAUUGACGGCGAGGUUGCCGCGCUCAAAGCUGAAGCGGCAGAGCUUGAGUCCGUCAAGCAGCAGCAGAGACGGCCGCCAAACAAUGACUUUGACGUGGGUAACCCGGGUGGGAACGACAGGGAGCGUCCAAGAGGGCGUUCCAGAGAGGCUCUGGAGCCGCAGGACGACGAGGAGAGGCAGUUUCUCGAGCCGCUGCGGCAGGGCUCACAGGCACUGAGUCAAGCAGCCAUCAACCCGCUGAUAAGCGCGUUCGGUCAGAGACCCUCCUCACCACCACAGCGGCGGCGGCCUCAUUCAGGACCGUGCAGAAAAUAAUCCGCGUGUGUACACAUGAUAGAACGAUCCUUGGAGGGUUCUCUCCUCUCCAUCCACCCUUCUCCAGCCGGACCCCCUCGUUUUCCUCCAUUACACACACACACACACACACACACACACGAGAGAAAUUGAAGACUCUACAGGUCGACUCAGCGAUCAGCCACCGC